GCCUUCAGAAACACGAGAAGAGUCGCUUUCACAGGAGCAAGUACCAACAUGCCCGGAUUAUGGGACUUCCAAGUAGAUUGUAACAAUAUAUAAAAGUCGGAAAUUGAUCUUUAGCCAUCGAGGAGUCUGGCGGCAAUGCGGCGACGAUGCGUUAGAAUCAGGAACGGGUUCUUUAGAGGGACCAUUUUCAGCAGAAACCUUUAAAGUUGAGCGAAACGAAAUAAAUGAAGGCGUUUUAUACUGUAUUUAGUGGGCGCACAGCGGUUAAGCGCGUUUGCGUGCAAUGUUCGGUCGUUAACGCUACGCGAAAACAGCAGCGAACGCUUCGCCGAUUCCAAUAACGAUUGCUUUUGGUUUCACACCAACCUUCAUUCAGAAUGAACCAGUGUAAAGUCAUGAAGGACGGCUGUCUGGAGAAGAGGAGUAAUGGAGUGCUGCAGCUGUGGAAGAAGAAGCGGUGCGUUCUGUCAGAGGACGGGCUCCGUCUGUACGACUGUAAAGGCGAGAGCGGUAAAGAGAUGCUCUUCGAGCAGAUGACCACGCUGGACUGCGUGGAGUAUAAACGGGGUCUGGUGUACUUCACCAUCGUGAUGAACGGCGGGAAGGAGAUUGACUUCAGGUGCCAGCAGGAGGGCACGGCGUGGAACGCGGAGAUCGCGCUCGCGCUGGUGCGCUUCAAAAACCGCGUCGCCGUUCAGUCCGGCAGGAACCGACAUCUGUCACAUGCGGGCAGCUGCGGGGAGGGAGACGUCGAGCUCUGAGGAUUUCUCAACCUAGACACAGGAUCGGAUCCAAAAGAGAGAGAAACUGUGGACAAGAACGUGAAGGCAGGAGCCCAAUGUUAAGAAAACACCUGAUGAAAAAUGCAGAGAACUUUAAAACUCACAUAUAUCUUUUCUUUUGUGCUUCCACCGUUUUUCAAAGUGACACCUCUUGGCGUGCUCGCACACACAGCGGAUGGAUUUGUGCAUGUGGGUGUUAGGCCAAGGAUGUUUUGUACACAGUGGAGUUUUCCCAUGCACUUUUAGUUCAGAAAUCAACAGCAACAGAGACCCAAUGGAUUGCUCUUCACCAUAAUUCAAUGCUAUGUUCACAACCCCAGAGUGGAUUUUGGCAUGGACAUUACACUUUUAAGAGACACAUUUACCUCAUGCUAAAUGGAGGACUUACGCUCAGUAUUAUAAGUGAAAGCAUGAUGCUGCUUUAGGAGACGUUAACCAUAGAUGAAGUAUGACUCACAGCUGCACUGUUUAACAUUUCAGAAGUAUUUGAACAGUGAAUCUGGAUUCAUUCACUUGUAAAGGUUUUCAAACGCACACCAAGCACGGCAGGAAGACCAGACUGCUGUUCCUUGGAAUGUAUCCCGACUGGACGGAAAACUUGAUGGAUGUGUUUUUGUUUUAUUUUUCCAUUGGGCAAUGCUAUUAUUACUACAAUUUUCUCCAUAUUCUGCCGAGCGGUUGCCAAAGUUAGAAAAUAAUAGUCUGCAUUGUGAUGGUUAAAAAAGAUUAUAGAGGAAAUGCAUUCUGCACAAAGCUCAUUAUGUCAUUAGGUACACAUUGUCCAAAUAAAAAGAAUGAUUUUGUGGCUUUGUAAGACAUAUCGGUGUGAAUCUCUCUUAAUUAGUUUCUCGAGGCCUGAGGCAACAGCUGGAUUUUUACUGCUAAUUAGAAGCAGUGUUUUAGCUCUCAGUCGCGUUCUCGAAUCUCAACCUCAAGUGUCUCUGCAGCACAUGCCCGGACAAUGGCCUCACUGACUAAUAAUGUCCCGCCUUGCCUUCUUUCCCCAGCUGUCAGUUUCACAGCAAGGCCAUCAAAGAAGUUGUCAAACAGGGCUUUUUCGUCAGGAUGAAUAUGUUUUGCUAUUGCGCAGUAAUCUGUGGAAGUUAAGUGCUGCACUGCUGCUUUAACAAACUGAGGCGUGAAGGGAAGUGUAGUAUUAAUCUGAAACAUGCCAUAACCGGUUUGUUAUCUUAAUAAAUAUCAACCUUGUAAUGACAGACCGUGAAAGAUCCGUUCAAAGUCACUGAGAAUCUGAUGAAAUCAUCACAUGUCAGAUCUGAUUAUGAAGAGCAGGGAAAAACAAUGUUAAAUGCAAACUAUAAUAUACAACUAAUUACUCGGAAUGGUUAUAUUAGUUCAGUCUGAAGCAUAAAGAACAUCGAUAAAUCACUACAGGUAAAGU